GGCAAUGGUGAGGAAACUCUCUGCAUGUGAGACUAUGGGUUCCGCCACCACCAUCUGUACAGACAAAACAGGUACACUUACCUUAAAUAAGAUGACAGUGACAAAGUUUUUCGUAGGCAAAGAGCACAUAAAGGCGGAAAGUAAUACAUCAAUUUCAGCAAAAGUUCUUGAAUUAUUCCAUCAAGGGGUUGGAUUAAACACUACAGGUAGUGUUUUCAAGUCCACUGAUUCAUGUUCCAGCUUCGAGUUCUCAGGCAGCCCAACUGAAAAAGCUAUCCUUUCAUGGGCAGUGCUGAAAUUGAACAUGGAUAUGGAUCAAGUCAAAAGAAAUUUCGACAUUCUACAUGUGGAAACUUUCAAUUCGGAGAAAAAGAAGAGCGGUGUAUUGAUCAAGAACAUCACUGAUGGCACGAUUCAUGCACAUUGGAAAGGUGCUGCUGAAAUGAUUUCAAGAAUGUGCUCCCAUUACUAUGAUCGAGAAGGGAACAUAAAACCUCUAGAGGAAUCAGAUAAGGUAGAAUGCGAUAGGAUAAUUGAAGGAAUGGCUGCCAGCAGCCUCCGAUGUAUUGCGUUCGCACACAAGCAAGUGACAAAAGCUGAGCAGGAGGAUCAUGAGCAUAUGCAUGGAAAUGUUCCAGAAAAUUCUUUCAUUCUUUUGGGCUUUGUUGGCCUAAAAGAUCCAUGUCGACCUGGCGUGAAGAAAGCAGUGGAAGAUUGCCAAAAUGCUGGUGUGAACAUCAAGAUGAUCACUGGUGACAAUGUGUUCACAGCAAAAGCCAUAGCAACAGAAUGUGGGAUUCUUCAUCCUAAUCUGGAAGUAGAUGAAGGAGCAGUCAUAGAAGGUGAAGAAUUUCGUAACCUCACAGAUGAAGCGCGGAUGGAGAGGGUGGAGAAGAUACGCGUGAUGGCAAGAUCAUCCCCUUUUGACAAACUUCUAAUGGUGCAGUGUUUGAGGAAGAAAGGUCAUGUGGUCGCGGUCACAGGUGAUGGCACGAAUGAUGCACCAGCUUUGAAAGAAGCAGAUAUAGGACUUUCUAUGGGGAUUCAGGGCACUGAAGUGGCUAAAGAGAGUUCUGAUAUUGUCAUCUUGGAUGAUAAUUUUUCUUCGGUUGCCACAGUUCUGAAAUGGGGAAGAUGUGUCUAUAACAACAUCCAGAAAUUCAUCCAAUUUCAGCUCACAGUAAAUGUGGCCGCACUUGUGAUCAAUUUUGUAGCAGCUGUAUCAGCUGGUGAGGUACCACUCACAGCAGUACAGUUGCUAUGGGUGAAUUUGAUCAUGGAUACGUUAGGGGCACUAGCACUAGCGACAGAGAAGCCAACCGAGGAACUCAUUAAGAAGAAACCAGUCGGUAGGACAGCGCCACUCAUCACCAACGUUAUGUGGAGGAAUCUAAUGGCUCAAGCCUUAUAUCAGAUUGCAGUUUUAUUGACCUUACAAUUCAAAGGAGAAUCGAUAUUUGAUGUCAACAAGAAGGUAAACGAUACAUUGAUUUUCAACACAUUUGUUCUUUGCCAAGUGUUCAAUGAAUUCAACGCGCGAAACCUGGAGAAGAAGAAUGUCUUUGAGGGAAUUCACAAGAACAAGUUGUUCAUGGCAAUCAUCGGAAUAACGUUGGUUCUCCAAGUGGUGAUGGUGGAGUUUCUCAAGAAGUUUGCAAACACAGAGAGGUUGAAUUGGGGUCAAUGGGGUAUUUGCAUUGGAUUUGCAGCUGCAUCAUGGCCAAUUGGUUGGCUUGUCAAGUGCA